GUAGGCGGCGGUAGAUAGCCACACACGGAGAGCACUCCAGGCCCUACGGCUCAAAGGGAAAGUGGGAGGUGAAGUGAACCACACAUUUACAUUUACACAGGGCUUUUCAUAUUUCAUCCAGAGGAGCGCAUGGAUCCGGUGUUAGGCACACUGCCUGUCCUGGAUGCUGCACAGAUCGAGACAGGAAGCUGCUGCAUCCCUCGGUUCAAACAUAUCGUACAUAACACCGAUUGCUACGACUGUGAGAGCUUGAAUUAAGCAGAAAGAGGUACCGCACAGGAGCUGUUGUUUGGUGUACAGUACCGGCAUAGACAGUACGAGGGAGAUGGAGCGGUGGAAAGGCAGAGUGGCCCUGGUGACCGGAGCCUCAGUGGGGAUUGGAGCGGCUGUAGCCCGGGCACUGGUCCAGCAAGGCAUGAGGGUUGUCGGCUGUGCCAGGAAUGUCGACAAAAUAGAGAAGCUGGCAGCGGAAUGUCAGAGUGCAGGCUACAGUGGCACACUGAUCCCUUACAAGUGUGACCUGUCAAACGAGGAGGAGAUCCUGUCCAUGUUUUCAGCCAUUAAGACGCUUCACAAGGGCGUAGACGUAUGCAUCAACAAUGCUGGACUGGCCCACAAUGAGCCCUUGCUCAGUGGAAAGACAGAAGGCUGGAGGAACAUGAUUGAGGUGAAUGUUUUAGCUUUGUCUAUCUGCACCCGUGAGGCAUACAAAUCAAUGAAGGAGAGGAAUGUGGACGAUGGCCACAUCAUCAAUAUUAACAGUAUGGGUGGGCACCGAAUGGUCCCAAGUGCUGAUGAGCAUUUCUACUGUGCCACUAAAUAUGCCGUGACUGCUUUGACUGAGGGGAUACGGCAAGAGCUUCGAGAAGCAAACACUCACAUCAGAGCCACAUGUAUAUCUCCUGGAAUCGUGGAGACUGAGUUUGCUUUUAGGCACCACAACAGCGACCCAGAGAAAGCAGCUGCAGUGUAUGAGAGUAUUAAAUGUUUGAAAGCAGAAGACAUAGCCAGUGCAGUCACAUUUGUCCUAAGUGCCCCUCCUCAUGUCCAGAUUGGAGAUGUGCAGAUGAGGCCAGUAGAGCAGGUGUCAUAGCAGUGCAAGAGGAAGCUGAAGGAGGAGCAGUUAGACAGACAGCAGCCAUGGUGACUCGUUAGCGACCUCUGCUGGGCAAGGGGAAGGGAGGGGGGUAAAACAAAUCAACUACAGCUGUGUUGGAACUGAGGGGACUUGUUCAAAGAGGGCCGGAGCCUUAAGGAGGCUGUGAAAGGAAAUGAAGGGUGUGGACUUUGUAAACUACUACAAAAAUACUACUGAAUGCAGCAAACCUGGUAUUUGUGAAUUGUUGAGCCCAGUCCUCAACUGAGCUGACUUCAAAAGGAGAGAGUUGCUGCUCUUGCGUGGUCAUCUGCACGACCGUCAUUUCUGAGGAAAGAGUAUGCCAUUGAUUGCACAUGUUUUUUUGUUUUUUGGGGUUUUUGUUUGUUUGUGUUUUUUUCCUAGGUCAUUUGACAUAUCUUUUUGAAAUUAAAUGGAAAGAGUAAUUGCUGUUUAUAAGAAUGACCUCUUUUUGUUAUUUUGUUUUUUUAAAAUAAAUAUUCUAACUUUUGAUCAUAGUUAGAUGUGGUCUCAUACUCACUAAUGAUAGAAGUAUGUCAUACUCACUGUAACUAAGCAUCCACAGUCCAUUCUGCCACCUUUAUUCACCAUAUGUUUUCAAAAACACAUUCAGUUACUUGUGUGUGUAUCCAUUCUGUUUUCAACCCUCACUUAAGGAAUCAGAAGAACGUACAAAAGAAACAUACCUUUGUCUGUUAAGCACACAAGUUUCUACAAUCCACCUUUUUGCCUGUGUAGUUUCAGCUGUUCUUCACUUUGGACUCAUUUAUGAGGAGUUAUGAGAAGGAAACACUGGCAACUUAUAAACUAACUCCAUGCAAUGUAAACCCUAGAAAUGUGUACCAUUCAGUGAAAAGUUCUCCUUAAAUAAAUAAAUAAAACUAGUUGCCCAGAA